UUACGAGUCGAAGUCCCGCUGCCUGCAAACGUCUUCGCCACCUCCAUCCUCCUCUUUCUCUUUCUCUAUCGCAGUGUCAGCCUCGGCCCUUUCUGGGAUCCUGAAGCUUUUGCGUGCACUUCGCGGACGGGGCAGCCACGGACCACAUCAGUAACCUAAAGUUUUCUUUCCGGUGUAAUUUAAAGUCAGGUCAUUUUAGCUAGCUCCGGGAGCCAUGUUUAGGCUGCUCUUCUUGGCCGCUCUCGCCGGGUUCACCCGGGCCAGUGAUGUCCUGGAGUACACGGAUGAUGAUUUCGAAAGCAGGAUUGGAGACCAUGAUCUGGCUCUGGUGGAGUUUUUUGCACCAUGGUGUGGUCACUGUAAACGGCUUGCACCUGAGUACGAGGCAGCAGCCACGCGUCUAAAAGGCGUCGUCUCUCUGGUCAAGGUUGACUGCACAGCCAACAGCAACACAUGCAGCAAAUAUGGUGUGAGCGGCUACCCAACCCUGAAGAUCUUUAGGGAUGGAGAGGAGUCUGGUCCCUAUGAUGGUCCCAGAAGUGCAGAUGGGAUUGUCAGUUUCCUCAAGAAGCAGGCCGGACCAGCUUCAGUGGUGCUCAAGGCCGAGGCAGACUUUGAGAAGUUCAUUUCAGAUCGCGACGCAAGUGUCGUCGGGUUCUUUGCUGAUGAGAAAAGUACGGCACAGACCGAGUUCUUGAAGGCCGCCAGUGCCUUGAGGGAUAACUAUCGCUUUGCCCACACCAACUCUGACGUCCUGCUCAAGAGCAAUGGCAUUGAUGAAGAGGGAGUGGUCCUGUUCCGUCCACCACGUCUCAGCAACAAGUUCGAAGACGGCUCGGUGAAGUUCAGUGACGACAAGUACACCAGCAACAAAAUCAAGAAGUUCAUCCAGGACAACAUUUUUGGAAUCUGUCCUCACAUGACGGAUGACAACAAAGAUCAGCUGAAAGGAAAAGACCUGCUGGUGGCUUAUUAUGAUGUGGACUACGAUAAAAACCCUAAAGGCUCCAAUUACUGGAGGAACAGGGUGAUGAAGGUGGCUAAAAGCUUCCUGGAUCAGGGAAAGAAGCUGAACUUUGCCGUUGCCAGCAAGAACCUGUUCAGUCACGAUGUGGCAGAGUUCGGCCUGGACGGCAGCUCUGGAGAGCUGCCUCUGGUUGCCAUCCGCACUGCCAAGGGAGACAAAUACGUCAUGACUGAAGAGUUCUCCCGAGAUGGAAAAGCUCUGGAGCGAUUCCUGCAGGACUACUUUGAUGGAAAGGUGAAGCGUUACCUCAAAUCGGAGCCAAUCCCUGAGGACAAUGAUGGGCCUGUGAAGGUUUUGGUAGCGGAGAACUUUGACUCUAUUGUUAACGAUGACAGCAAAGACGUGUUGAUUGAGUUUUACGCCCCGUGGUGCGGUCACUGCAAGAACCUGGAGCCCAAAUACAACGAGCUGGGAGAGAAGCUGGCCGACGAUCCUAACAUUGUUAUUGCCAAGAUGGACGCUACAGCCAACGAUGUGCCAUCUCCGUAUGAAGUCAGCGGAUUUCCCACAAUCUACUUUUCUCCAGCCGGACAGAAGAUGAGCCCAAAGAAAUACGAGGGUGGACGGGAAGUGAGCGACUUCAUCUCCUACCUGAAGAGAGAGGCCUCCAACCCCUUGGUAAUGCAGGAGGAGUCCAAGAAGAAAAAGAAGAAGGAUGACAAGUCGGAGCUAUAAAACCUCUAAACAAGAACUCGAUACCCACCCCAUCACAGCGCCAAGAGGAGGAUUGGGGAAGGAAAAGAACUAAAUUAUAUUCCACUCUUACUGCUCUGAAAUGCAAAGUCCAAAAGAGGCAGCCAUCUUUUAGGUGCCCUGCUGCUCUGGAUACUGUGGAAGGUGGUGGCCAGGGUCUGCCAGAUGUUUUAAAACAAUAGAAAAUUUGUUUGGGAAGAGGGACAGCUUUUAAAAACCGGUAAUUGAGAUUUCUAUUUCUCUGGUCUGUCUGUUUUGUGUCAGGCUGAUGCACUUUGUUUGGUUUUUGUUGCCAUCAUGGGGGCUAACAAUUUUCCUUAUUUGUAACUGGUUUUUGUUUUUGUACAUUUGGAAAGAUUGUGAAAUAAAAAGGCCCACAAAAUGUAAA